AUGAAGUCAGUUGUGAGGUCAGCUGAGAGGACUGCUCUUCAAAGACGCUUUGAUGCGCUGCGAACAGUCCCACGCAAUGAACGGCCGGAGGACACUCUGCAUGUCUUUUCUCAGGCAUUGCAGGAACUGCAGGAGAUUGUAAAGGAGGAGGUGCGGGGUUUAAUUGAUGUGAAGGGUCAUUCCACCAUUUAUGGCGUGGAUCCACACGGAGAAGAUCAACGACGGAAAGAAUGGAAUAAAGAGGCCUUUGAACAGAUUCUGCAGUUAUUACAUCGUGCAGAGGCAAUAGGAGAUGAGGUUUGUUCCUAUUGUGUGGAUGAGGAUAUCAUGGGUAGUAGUAUUCGUGAAUCACGAAAACAAAAUAGUAUUAUUCCUUGUUUACAACCACCACUCCUCGUUGCGGAAAUGUUAAUGCUUGUUCAUGAUUCUUAUGUAUUGCUGCGGGAACUUCAUGCAUAUCGUGGAAGAGUUUUCCCAGACUCUUCACUAGAAGAUAAUACUGCAGCAAUAGAGUAUGCGAAAAGUGCGUAUGUACUGGAACGUCGGGUGGCUACUAUUACCCAACAGUUUAGAGAAAAGAAACCCUUACAGGCGUUAUCCACUGUAGAUAAUACAGCAAAUAGAUUAACUGCUAUUGAGAAUGAAUGUAAUAUCUUACAGUUUGCAAGAAGUGAAAUGCAACUUGGAGUUUUAUAUGGUCUUAUUGGACAACAUGAAAUGGCUCUUAUGAAUGCUCGUGCGGCUGUACAACUCCUCACUUCUAUUACCCCAAGUAGAACGAAAUUAUUAUCUGUAUCUGAGAAUGAUAAUCCAAUGGUUAAAGAAGCCCAAAAACUUUUGGCAGUUGCCUCUUAUAAUCUCGGCUGUCAAUUGGAACAACUCAUCACGGUAGAUCUCAGGGUAGAAGAUCGUAAAGCCAUGGAAGUAGAAAAACAAAUGGCAUUUGAUCAGGCACUUCAACUAGGACGUCAAUGCUUAGAGCCUGGACAUCCACUCCUGCAAGAACUCCAGCGUGGAGUCCAUCCAUCUACACAAACAGCAAUAUCCAAAAAAACAUCCUCAACUACCGCAACAUCCACAGCUACAGGAAUAGAAGGAGGAGGAGGAGGAGGAAAUGCAGUAUUAGCAGCAGCAAGACGGGCAUCAUCGGGUUCCAACUUUUAUCCGAUGCUACAACUUGUUCAGCCAACAACUGCUUUACCAUCACUUCCUCCACUACGUUCCUCUGGAAGGAGACCUUCACAAGUUCUUAAUUUCUCUAUUCCUAUUGGUAUAUAUGAUGUUCCAUCAACUGAAUCUUUGCAAAAUGCCUCAAGAACAGAUACGGUCUCAUCUGCUUUCAUGCAUUCCUUACGUGAUCGACUUGCAAGUCUACGAUCAGAACAAACCAGUCAUCGGGCCCACCCGUCUGUUUUUGUUCCACCCUCCAUGAAGACAGUUCCAUUUCCUGUAAAUAAAAAUGUAAAAGGGAGGAAAAGUAGUGCUUUACUAUGGAGCCCAACGAAGAAAAAGAAUCAAAAACAAACAUCUAUGCAACCUGGACAGGAUAUUCUAAACUGUCAUCGUUUACGUCGGCCAAGCGAUGCAUUACGACUUGGUGGGAUCGCUGUUUUGGAUACACUCUUCAUUCAACAACAUAAAGAGGCAGAGGCGGAGAAAAAACGCAAAGAAGAAGAGAAAAAAAUGAGGAGACGUAAACGCCGAGAACGGUCUUUUCUCCCAGAAAGUUGGAGUAUAGUGGAAGAUGCUCCACUUGCUCCAAAAAAGAAGGAACGCAGUAAAAAGAAGAAGAAAAGGAGCAAUGAUAAAAGGUACCAAUAUAAGAUUCAUGGUGGCUAUGUAGACGGAGAAAGAGAUAUGGAAGAAGAUGAGGAUGAGGAUGAGGAUACUAGAGAGGGAAAAGUUGGCGAUGGAUUUGUCUUUCCUGAUCGUAGCACAAAGAAGAAGAAGAAACAGCGAGGGAAGAAGGCGGAAGGAGAGCAUGGUGAAGAAGGAGAAGGAGAAGGAGAAGAAGGCACGGAUGAGGAUAAGAAACGCCGGAAACGAAAGAAGAAAAUAAAGGCGACUGAGGAAGAGGGCAGUGUUAUUUCCACUUCUUAUUCUUUAGACGGUAGUGCAUUAACGGAUUCAGUAAAGCAUGGAUCCAUCUUGCGAGCAACAUCCACUGAUAGCGAAAUAAACACGAGUACUGACAAGAGUAGUAAUACCAAUGGAAUAGGAAUGAGCUUAGCCAAGAAAGUUGAGGGACUUAUAGCAAAAAUGAAGAAGGGAGAAAAAGAUAAAAAAGACUCUGAGAAAGAUGAUGAAGAAGAAGAAGACGAGGACGAGGAUGAAAGUGAUGAGGAUGAGAGUGAUGAGGAUGAAAGUGAAAGCGAAAGCGAAGAUGAAGACCACAAAUUGAAAAAUAAGGACGAGGAUGAAAGUGAUGAUGACGAAGAUGAUGAACCAGAGACCGUAAAUGAGGCCAAAGAGCGUUGUGAAACGGAACUUCUCACUUACUAUGAAAUUAUGUAUAAACGGCGAAUGAAGGCAGCACUACGAAUUCAAUGCGCCUGGCGGUGUAAUCGUGCACGGAAGGAACUUCAUCGACGACAGCAAAUUUUAUACCGUGAGGUGUAUCGUAUACAGAAGGCAGCAGCCAUGUGUAUUGAAGGAUUCUUCUGCAUUAUAUUAGAAAAGCGACGACUCAUGCAAGCACAAGAACGUUGUGCGGCGCAAGUGGCAGCACGUGAAGUGUAUGAAGAGAAAGUGUUGCGUAGUGUUCUUAUCAUUUCACACUAUGGAAAGAUCUUUUUGCGGCGUCGACGUCGUGAGCGUGAUUUAUGCAAACUUCUUUCUCUGCGUAAUGUGGAGGAAUUACGUGUGCGGGAGGCGGCGGCUACCAUUAUAGCUCGCUGGUGGCGAAUUGUUCCCGCCCAACGGGCCUAUUGGCAGCGCCGUACAAUAGAAGUCCAACAACAACGAGAAGAAGAGGAAUUGGAGCGACGACGGCAGUUCGCGGCUGUACAAUUGCAGCGUCACUUUAGAGGAAUGUUAGGCCGACGUGAGGCGCUGCAAUAUCGACAACGACGUGUAGAGGAACACCGCCAACGUCAACAACAACUACGGGAGUGUACAGAUCUUGUGCGAUUGUGUUUGCAGGAGUACACAAGACGCUGUGAACGUUUGGCGUUGGAGGCACAACAAGAGGAACAACGUCGUAGUGAAGCCGCGGCAAUUAUUCAAAUGAACUGGCGUACAGCACUCCAACGGCAAAUGAUGCGAAAUGUCAUUACACGUUGUCGUCGUAUUGUGCGGGCGGUGUUAACAAUCCAACGUGGAUAUCGUCGCUUCUGUGCGGGUCGUGAAAUUCGUUAUUUACGCCGUAUGCAGCAGGCUGUGCAGCAGGAGCGAAUAGACCGUGAGUGUUAUGAAUAUCGAGCCACCUUAACUCUACAAUGUUUUGCUCGUAUGGUGUUAGCGAAGCGAACGGCCCGUCACCGCCGUGCGGCUAUUGGCCGUGGUUUCUUCUUUGCGGCUAUUGCCAUUCAAAGUGCCUGUCGUGGUGGAACGGCCCGUCAACAACUCGGCGCUGCGCUUCACAUGCGGCGGCGAACGGAGUUGUUGUUGCAAUCCAUCGCCGAGGCCCAACGGAGACGAGUGGCGGAUGUGUUGGCGGCAUUCCUGCAGGCACGGGCGAGUGGAUUUGUGGUGGAAACACGAAGAUGCCGCCGGUUAACAGAGAAAUUAUAUCUGCGGCGCCGUGUACGUUGGGAGUUGCUGCGGGAUAAGAGUGCCACGAUUAUUCAAAAGGCAUUCCGCCGCAUGCGUAAACGUCGAUUAGAGCGAGAGGCCGCGGAACAGCAACAACAACAACGGGCGCUCGUUCUCCGGUGUGUGAUACGCAUUCAGGCGCUUAUGCGAGGUGCGUUAGCCCGUAAGGAGUUUCGUCAUCGUCGCUUUUUAGUCCAGAAACAACAACGCAAACGAGAAGAAAUGGAAGAAGUGAUGCUGCAGUGUUUUUUGGAUGAAUGGCGGGCGGCACUUUUACAAAAUGAAGUCGAUCGUCGUCGUAUUAAAGUGAUGGAAUCGCAGGAACGGGAGUUGUUGGAGUAUUAUAGUAAGAUGGGCGUUGGGGAUGCAUUGGCCGCAGCCACCGCAUUAGCAGAAGCCGCAAAGAAGGCAACCGUUACACGUGUUCUACACAACUCUAUUCAUAAUGAUAGUAAUAAUAAUGAUGAGAAUGAGGAUGAAUGUAAUGUAUCUACAUACAGAGAUGAUCCCUAA